AUGGAAUCCGCCGCCGCCGCCGCCGCUACGAUGGCCGCGGAGCCUCUGGCUCUCCCGGCGCUCCUCCUCAUCCGCCGUGUGGACGGUGCACCCUUCGCCGCCGCACUACGGCAGCGCUUCCGCGUCCUCGACUUCUUCGCAUCGGGCUCGCCGCCCCUCCCGGCUUUCCUGGCCGCCGCCGCGGUGGUCAUGGGGGGCGGCCCCUCUCGCGUGGACGCCGAGUGCCUCGACGCCCUGCCCUCGCUUCGCUGCGUCGUCAGCACGGCGGCGGGCCUCGACCACAUCGACCUCCACCAGUGCGCGCGCCGCGGCGUGGCCGUCGCCAACUCUGGCAGGGUCUACUCCGCCGACGUCGCCGACCACGCUGUCUGCAUGCUCAUCGACGUGCUGCGGCGCGUCACGGCGUCGGAGCGGUUCGUCCGCCGAGGACUCUGGGCUCUGCAGGGGGACUUGUGCCUCGGCUCCAAGCUCGGUGGCAAGCGUGUUGGCAUCAUCGGCUUGGGGAACAUUGACAUCCUCGUCGUCGCCUGCGCGCUGAACAAGGAGACGAGGCACAUCGUGAACAAGGACGUUCUGGAGGCCCUAGGGAAGGACGGGGUCGUCAUAAACGUUGGUCGAGGCGCAAACGUCGACGAGGCCGAGAUGGUGAGGGCGCUCAAGGAAGGCAGGAUAGCAGGCGCUGGUCUGGACGUCUUUGAGGACGAACCCAAUGUGCCGCCGGAGCUCUUGGCCAUGGACAAUAAUGUCGUGCUGACGCCACACGUUGUAGUUUUGACUUUUGACGUCGGAGUCCAGGUCAGAUCUGCGUGA